AUGCCGAGCUGGGGCAGGAAAGAAAGCUAUGAAGCCUCUUCGAGAGAGCAGAAGCAGAUCCUCGCUGAUAUCCAGUCGGGAUCUCAGAAGUUUAGCAGACGCCUGCUACCACCACGAACGAUAAGCAAUAAUAAGAGAGGCGGAGUCGUAGAACCCUUUGCACCCGUACCGACGACUGGCGAGCAAAGCCAGCCAGAAGAACGUCGAGGUCGAAAAUCGACGAGUUCCCUGCGACCAGGACUCCCCAAGCGGACCAGCAGCAUGAAGAGGGCGUACAACUAUUUCUUCGGCGGACCCGCACCGGUGCCCGCAACAGCUUCACCAGCUACACCAGCGGUAACAACGGACGCCACACCUCCGAGCGUGGUCGAGUCGAGUAAGACGGACAAUGGCGUGGACACCCCACCAGAGACACCGCGCGAGGCGCCUACACGGUUAAGUGAAGAUGAAGCAGCAGCAGACUCGCCCUCACCUCCUUCGCCAACAGCCUCAGACAGCUUCGAGACGCAAAUCGAGAAGCUGAAGAAGAAGCUCAAGCACGCCGAGAACGAGCUUGACGAAGCACAACGCAUCGCUGCUACACAAGACGAGCACGUGCGCAGUCUCGAGGGCGACCACGAGGAGCGCAAGAAGGAGUUCGAGGCCCGUGAGGCGUCGCUGCAGCAGGACAAGAAGGACCUCGAGGAGCACAUGGUCAGCGUCGUUGUCCAGCAGGUACGCGAGGCCAAGGCCAAGGAGAGGAAUACUGUGCGCGACGAGUGCGAGGCCGAGUUCAAUGAGAAGAUGGCGGACGUCAACAAGGAGGCUGAGGAGCUCCGCGCAAAGGUUGCCGACCUCGAGAAGCAGGUCGCCUCCUACAAGGACGAGGUUGAGAAGCUCAAGGGCAUGCUCGACAGCCACCAGUCUGCCGGCGCCGAGUCGGUUGACAGGUCGGAAGUCGAGGCCAAGGAGGCUGAUCUCGCCAGCGCCAAGUCGCAAUUGGAGGAGCUCACUGCUGAGAAGAGCAAGACUGAGAAGGACCUCGCCGAGGCUCUUGCCACGAUUGACGAGCUCAAGGCUCAGACUGUCGCCAAGGAUGAGCUCGACACCCUCGCAGCUGACCGUGACGCGCACAAGACCAAGGUCGAGGAGCUCGCCGCUGAGGUUGCCGUUCUCAAGACCCAGCUUUCCGACCUGGAGGAGCUCAAGGCGAAGCACACCGAGCUCGAGGCUUCUCACAGCAAGCUCUCCGACGAGCUCGCUGCCCGCGGCACCCAGGAUGCUGAUGCUGACAAGGCAUCGAAAGAGGAGGCUGAGGGUCUUCGCAACACCAUUGCGGAGCUCCAGGCUUCUCUCAAGGAAGCAAAGGAUACUCUUGACCAGAAGGCUUCUGAGCUCGACGCCAAGACCAAGGAACACGCUGAGGCCACUGAACAAGUCACAUCGCUCACCGAAUCGUCCAAGGGCGAGGUCGAUGGCCUGAAGACCGAGAUCAGCGAACUCCAGGAGAAGCUUAAGACCGCCGAUCUGUCCAAGGGUGACUCCGAUGAGCUUGCUCAAAAGGUUUCCUCUCUUGAGCAGUCAUUGAAGGAGGCACAAGACAGCCUCUCAGCAAAGACAUCCGAGCUCGAGGCUGCUUCAUCCUCCCUCGCUUCCGAGAAGGACGCCGCCGUCAAGGCUGCCGAAGAGGCCAAGGGCCAGGUUGACAGCCUCACCUCCAAGAUCUCCGAACUCGAAGCAUCCCUCAAGGAGUCGCAAGAUAGCCUCUCCGCCAAGGACGCUGAGCUCGAGACCGCCAAGGGUGAUGCAUCCAAGGCCAUUGGCUCCGCAAAGGACGAGGUCGCUGGUCUCCAAAGCACUGUCAGCAAGCUUGAGGCUGAGAUCGAGUCCGCCAAGGGCUCAUCCGAUGAACAAACCACCGCUGCCAAGAAGGAGGCUGCCGAGCUCCGCGAGACCGUUGAGAAGCUUGAGGCUGAGUUGAAGGCUGCUAAGGACGAGUCCAGCAAGGCCUCAGAGGCUUCCACCUCCAGGGUUACCGAACUCGAGACCUCGCUCAAGGAGGCCCACGACAGCUUGGCCGCUAAGGAAUCAGAGGUUGCUGCCGCGAAAGAGGAGGCUAGCAAGGCCGUCGAGUCUUCCAAGGGCGAUGCUGAGGGUCUUCAAAAACAGAUUGCUGACCUCGAGGCAUCGCUCAAGGAGGCCAAGGAGAGCCUGUCAACCAAGGAAUCUGAACUUGAGGCUGCCAAGGGCGAGACCACCAAGGCUACUGAGUCUUCCAGCUCGAAGAUCUCGGAAUUGGAGGCUAGCUUGAAGCAAGCACAGGACGACCUCACUGCCCACAAGGCCGAGCUCGAGACAGCGAAGAGCGAGGGUUCCAAGGCUGCUGAACUCGAGGCUUCUCUCAAGGAGGCCAAGGACAGCCUUGCAUCCAAGGAGUCUGAGUUGGAAGCCGCCAAGGCGGACGCUAGCAAGUCUACUGAGUCUUCUACCUCCAAGAUCUCGGAGCUGGAGGCUUCCCUCAAGUCGGCUCAAGAGAGCCUCGCCGCAAAGGAGUCUGAACUCGAGGCCAAGUCUGCUGACGUCGGCAAGGUCUCUGAGCUUGAGAAGGAACUCGCAUCGGCCAAGUCUGAACUUGAGGCCGCUACCAAGGACUCAGAGUCGUCGAAGCAGAAGAUUAGCGAGCUCGAGGCUUCCGCCAAGGGUGGUGCCGAUGAGUCUGCUGCCAAGAUUGCGGAGCUUGAGGCAUCUCUCAAGGAGACCACGAGCAAGCUGGAGGCCAAGGAAGCUGAGCACGCCGAAUCGCUCAAGGCUGCUCAAUCAUCAAGCGACGACAAGUUUGCUGCUCUGGAGAAGGAGCUUGCUGAUGCUAAAGCUGAAGCUAGCAAGGCUGCUGAGCUCGAGGCAUCCCUCAAGGACGUCGAGAGCAAGCUUGCUGCCAAGGAAGCUGAGCACGCCGACUCCAUCAAGGCUGCCCAAUCAUCUGGAGAUGAGAAGGUCGCUGCUUUGGAGAAGGAGCUUGAGGAGACCAAGAAGGCCAAGGACACUGUUGAGGAGGAACUCAAGGCAUCCAAGCAGGCUGAAGCUGAGGCGAAGGAGGGUGCUUCCAAGGCGUCCUCAGUCGAAUCCGAACUCGCUGACGUCAAGGCAUCGGCUGAGAAGUCGACUGCCGAGAAGAGCGAGCUCGAGGAGAAGAUCAAGGCUAACGAUGCUAAGAUCGCCGAGCUCGAGUCUACCGUUGAGGCCGCUAAGGCGAAGGAGUCCGAACUCACCGCACUUCAGACCAAGCUGGACGAGGCUACCGCCGCAUCUGAGACUGCUACCAAGGACCUCGAGACCUCCAAGACCGAAGCUGCCGAUGCUAAGAAGUCCCUCGAGUCUCUCCAGGCUACCAUCAAGGAGCACGAGGAGAAGACCAGCGCCCUGACAUCCGACGUCGAGACCGCAAACAAGGAGCGCGACGAGAUCAAGACCGAGCUCGCCAGCGCCAAGGAGCAACUCGAGAAGGCCCAGGCUGAGCAAGAGGAACUUAAGAAGGUCAACGCUGAGGCCCUCGCAAAGGCUGGGUCAAAGGAGGCUGAGAAGCCUGCGGCUGAACCUGCUGCUGAACCCGCUGCUGAGCCUGUCGCUGAAGCCAAGGAAGUUCCUGAGGCUAAGGAGGCAGAGGACACCCCCGCCCCUGCUACUGAUGGCGCUGCCGAGACCGAGGAGCCAGAGACACCUACUACACCCACCACGCCUGGUAACAACGCCGAGGAAGAGGAGGGUGAGGCGAACGGCGAGUCGACACCUAGUUCCGGAAAGAACAAGAAGAAGAACAAGAAGAAAGGCAAGAAAUAA